GCUCCGAGGCACCGGAGUGGAAGAAUCCCAAGCCACUCAAAGUCAGCACAAGCAAAGGAGUGCGGACCAGACCAGAGAGGCAUGUUCUCUUCCAAGUGGAAUAUUGGCUUGGAGCUCACCAGCCCUUUGGGAUUUCCUAUAGGAUCUUAGAAGUCUCAAAAGCAGCACUCUGAAGGGCAGCACUACUUCAGAACCAAGGAGCCUAAAGUCCUAUUCUACCCGUCCAUCAGGUCCCAGUUCUUACCACGUGGGUGCACAUGGCUCUGUUACGAAAAGUUAAUCAAGUGCUGCUUCUCCUUCUGAUUGGGACCCUCUGUGGGAUCGUGUACAAAAAAGUUCGUAAAGGAGCUGUGCUCAGGAGGGAAACAGAUGCUGCUGCCACGACUCCAGAGGAUGGGGAAGAGGAGAUCCCGGUGGUGAUUUGUGCGGCUGCAGGGCGCAUGGGCGCAGCCAUGGCUGCCAUCAACAGCAUCUACAGCAACACUGAUGCCAACAUCGUCUUUUACGUGGUUGGGCUGCGCAACACCCUGCCUCGAAUUCGAAAAUGGAUUGAACAUUCUAAACUGAGAGAAAUAAAUUUUAAAAUUGUGGAAUUCAACCCUGUGGUCCUCAAAGGCAAGAUUCGACCUGAUGCUUCAAGGCCAGAGUUGUUGCAGCCUCUAAACUUUGCUCGAUUUUAUCUCCCUCUGCUUAUACACCAACAUGAGAAAGUCAUCUAUUUGGACGAUGAUGUAAUUGUACAAGGUGAUAUCCAGGAACUAUAUGAUACCACCUUGGCUGUAGGACAUGCAGCAGCUUUCUCAGAUGAUUGCGACUUUCCACCUGCUCAGGACAUCAACAAACUCGUGGGGCUGCAGAACACAUACAUGGGGUAUCUGGACUACCGGAAGAAGACCAUCAAGGACCUUGGCAUCAGCCCCAGUACCUGCUCUUUCAAUCCUGGUGUGAUUGUUGCCAAUAUGACUGAGUGGAAACACCAGCACAUCACCAAACAGUUGGAGAAAUGGAUGCAAAAAAAUGUGGAGGAAAAUCUCUACAGCAGCUCCCUGGGAGGAGGGGUGGCCACCUCACCCAUGCUCAUCGUAUUCCAUGGGAAACACUCCACCAUCAACCCUCUGUGGCACAUUCGGCACCUGGGCUGGAAUCCCGAUGCCAGAUAUUCAGAGCACUUUCUGCAGGAAGCUAAGUUACUCCACUGGAAUGGAAGACAUAAGCCAUGGGACUUUCUUAGUGUCCACAACAACUUAUGGGAAAGCUGGUUUGUUCCUGAUCCUUCAGGAAUAUUUAAACUCCAUCACAAUAGCUGAUAUAGCCCAGCAUUUAAAAUAUUCCCGGUAUAAAAAUGUAGAAUUUUUGUAGUCUACUACAUUGCUUCUUAUGAACAGUACCUUUGAUAUCUGUGACCCACAAUGUAAGAAACAAAACUGUGUAAAUUGUACCUUAAACCAUGUUGGGAUUCAUUUACUACCUGAAGCACAAGUGAUAGUCAUGGCUAUGUGUGUGUGAGACAGAGCCUAACCUAGUUAGGCUGGCCUUGAACUUGAGAUCUUCCUGCCUUAGUCUCUGAAUGCUGAGAUUUAGGGUGGGCAGGGGUGUGUGUACCCCCUGUACUCAGCACAACUGGAAACUAUGAAAAUCAAGAUUAUAGAAAUAAAUCCAUCUAGAUACCAGUAACUAAUUUGCUUAUUAAUACUAAUGACAAUUAUACCCACAAGUUUUUUAAAAAGCUUCUAAAAUAUUUUUAUAUAUGCAGGUACUUCUUA